ACUGCAUCAUAGCACAUUAUCCCACGCAGCGAGCAAAAAAAAAAAAGAAGAAGAAAUCCUCUUCUUCUUCUCUUUUGUCUGGGUGCCAGAGGGAUGAUCGAGUGAGGGGCAUUUAGGUCAUGGGCAGAGGGGGCGGAUGCAUACCCAGCAAAUCCAGGAAGAACAAGAGCUCCUCGCCGCUCUCCUCCAAGCCCGAUGGCGAUCAUCCAGGAGACGAUCCGCCACAGACCCAAUGCGGUCCGGACGAAAUCCAGCAAGCCCAAGUCGAGAAUGAGGACGAUCCAGCGGUGGAAGCGGCGGUAGCACCAUCUUCUCCUCCCGAAACCACCAUCAAAGUCUACAUUAUAUUCUACUCCAUGUAUGGUCACGUCGAGGCUCUGGCCAAGAAGAUCAAGCAAGGCGUGGAUAGCGUGGAUGGAGCGGAGGGAUUUCUCUUUAGAGUGGCGGAGAACUUGUCACAGGCGGUGUUGGACACGAUGCACGCGCCGCCGAAGGAUGAGUCCAUUCCAACCAUCACCGCUGCACAGCUCGUAGCCGCCGACGCCUUUCUCUUUGGAUUCCCCACGCGUUACGGUGCCAUGGCCGCUCAGAUGAAAGCUUUCUUCGAUUCUACUGGGAGUUUGUGGCAGCAGCAAAAGCUGGCUGGAAAACCAGCCGGAUUCUUCGUGAGCACUGGAACCCAAGGUGGUGGCCAAGAAACGACAGCAUGGACUGCGAUCACUCAACUUGCUCAUCACGGCAUGGUGUUUAUCCCGAUCGGCUACACAUUUGGUGCUGGAAUGUUUAAGCUGGAUGAUUUGAGGGGUGGCUCCCCAUAUGGAGCUGGAACUUUUGCUGGUGAUGGUUCCAGGCUACCAACACAGACCGAGCUUGAGUUGGCUGAGCACCAAGGGAGAUAUACAGCAGGAAUUGCGAAGAGACUUGUUAAUGCAGCAGACUAAAGGAAGAACUAAUUCAUUUUUAUGUACAAAUUUGGCCAUUAAACUUUCAUCUUCCCACAUUAAAUCUAUUCUUAACCUAGUUUAGUUC